AUGAUCUGCUGCGUCGCGAUCGUCGGCGCCAACAACAACCCGCUCUUCGUCCGGUCCUUCGACGAAGACGACGACCUCUCCUUCCACUACAUCGUCCACAUCUCGCUCGACAUCAUCGAGGAGAAAGUGAAAACCUCCAAGGACGACAUGUACCUCGGCUUCCUCGGGCCCGUCGAAGACUUCCGCGUGUACGGCUACGUGACCAACACGCUCGUCAAGCUCGUCGUUGUCGUCCAAGACGCGCCCAUCAAGGAGUCCGAGAUGCGCGUGCUCUUUGCCGAGCUGCACAAGCUGUACGUGAACGCCAUGUCCAACCCGUUCGCGAUCAUUGGCGAGCGCAUUACGUCCGAGAAGUUUGAGAGCAAGGUGUACAACCUCAUCCUGCAGCACAACCACACGAUCGAAGCGACGCGUUAA